AUGUCACAAAAUUCUAAAACUUACAAAGAUGCUUUUGCCCUUUUCGAUAAAAAAGGUACCGGUAAAAUUCCAGUUGAACACUUGGGAGAUUUAUUAAGAGCUGUUGGACAAAACCCAACCUUAUCUGAAAUCAAUGACUUACAAAAUGGUAUUUCAGGUAACGAUUUUGAUUUUGAAACUUACCAAAAGAUAAUUGAAAGACCUGAUGGUUUCAAACCUUUGGGAUUACCAGAAGAUUAUAUCAAAGGAUUCCAAGUAUUUGAUAAAGAAGGAACCGGUUACAUUGGUGUUGGAGAAUUGAGAUAUAUUUUAACCUCCAUUGGUGAAAAAUUAAAUGAUUCAGAGGUUGAUGAAUUAUUAAAAGGUGUCAAUGUUACUAAAGAUGGUAAUGUUGAUUAUGUGGAAUUUGUCAAAUCCAUUUUAGAUCAAUAG